AUGAACACAUAUAUAAAAGGAGACAAUACAAUAAUACCAAUCAAACCAAAGAAGAGUGAGUCUGAAAAACCAAUAGAGAGAGAGGAGAUGUCUGCACCAAACUACUUUGACGACGAUCUAUUGGCAACAGACGACCAAAUCAACUAUGAAGAACAAGAAUACGAUGACGAUGAAACCUUUGGUGAUACUGGUCCAUUAAAUGACGAAUGGGAGAAUCAACAUACAUCAUUGGCACAUGAACAUGAAGGAUUUGUAGUUGACAAUAAAAUAAGAGAUGGUGUUCAAUUAAAGAGAUACGACGACCAGGAAGAUCUUGGAGAUGAUGGUAGUCUCUUGGAGGACGACGAAGAUUAUCGUAAUGGUAACGGUAAAGAUGCGGAUGGUAGAUCAUCAUUUUUUUCAGAUCUUCCACCAGUAAACAACAACAACAACAACAACAAACAAAACCGUCAACAACAACAACAAUCAAAUGCACAAGGUAGAACUGUUGGAAUGUUUAGUUCAUUAUCACUUUAUGAUGAUAAAGAAAAGAGUCCCAAUAAUAAUAAUAAUAAUAAUCAAGUUGAUAAUGAUCAAUUAGAAUCAAUGUUUAAAAUUGCAAUGGGUGAGAUUCCAACUACUAGUAUCCCUCAAGCUCUAACACCACACAAUUCUUUGAAUAAUGUUCCAACUACCCCACAGCAUCAUCAACAACAACAACAACCACAACAAUCUCCAAUUGAUCCAUUGAAAAAAUUGUUCCAAUCUGGUGUUCCUCAACAAUCUCCAAAUAAAUUGGAAGCAUUAAAAGGAGCAUAUUCAUUAUCUGAUUUGGAAGCUAAAUUUGAACAACAAUCACAACAACAAUCCUCUGUUUCACAAGUGGUCGAACAACAACAAGAAAAUGUACAACAACAACAACAACAACCGCAAACACCUCAAGGUAAAAACAAUAUAAACAAUAAUAAUAGAAACUCGUCACCAUCAAGACCAGGAUUUACCCUUGGUGAUGCUAUACCAGGCAACAGAGAAUACCAACAACAUCAACGUAUACUAAGAGAUCAAGCAAGAGAUGCAAACUGGAAUCAACAUCAAUCACCCAGAGGCGAUGGAGGAGGAGGAGGAGGAGCUCCCCCAACUUCACCAUACAACAACAACAAAUACAACAAAAAUGCCCAGAAUGGUAAAAGUCCAAUGAAGCAACCACACAUUCAAGACAAAAAGUACAUGAGUGCCGAUGAAAUUCAAACUAUUCAUAGAUUACAAGCUUAUCAACUUCAUUAUACAAAUCCAUAUAUAGAAGAUUUUUAUUUUCAAAAAUUAAAAGAAAGAUCAGGAGUUGUAAUUCAACAAUUUACUCAUACACCAAUUUGUGAUUCACUUCCAAAAACAAUUACAAAGAAACCAACUACAACAGCUGAUCCAUUACUUGGUGCUUUGGGACGUAUUCCAUCUCAUUCAAUUAGAGCUCCAAGACCAAUCUUGCAAAUUAUACUUGAUAAAGAUGAAAAUGAACAAUAUGAUAAAACUGUUCAAUCAAGUGAUCAAACUAUUAAAUUGGCAAUUGAAUCAUCAUAUAAUCAUUUACUUGAUAUUGAAGAUAUUGAUCAAUUGAUUAAUAAUCAACAACAAUCUGCAUCUACUGAUAAUCAACAAUUAAUAGAUCUUCAAGCCAAAAAGGAACAAAUAGCACAAGACCUAUUUAAAUCACUUCAUUUGGAUCCAUUCCCAUGUUUCAAAUUUGAAUCACCAUUAUUACCACAACAAACUCCUGAUCAAAAAUGGCCUUCUGUUUGCCCAGAAGAUUUAUUAUUUGUAUCAUUAUGGGUAAUUGGUAAAGGUAGAAAAUUAUUGAAUAGAGCCUUUUUAUCAUUGACAUCACCACAAUCGGUAUCUGCGUUAUUUGCAGUAUGUAGAAAUCUUCCAUUAUUAUUAAUGUUGCAUUUGCCAGAGGGAAGUGAAGCUGCAACCAAUGGAAUCUACCGUACCGUUUCGAGAUGGGUCAUGGAAAUCCCAAUCCAAUUCUUCACACUUGCCUUUCACUUUUUAGUCAACUUUAACCAACCCCAAUUCCUGACCAAGGUGUUUAGCCACCGCAACGGUUUGGCCGUCAUUGAACAAUUCCUUCUCAGAGGCUAUCUCGUUCAAGACCAAGCCUACCUCUUGCACAAUAACCUCCAAAUGGAUCCAGUUGCAGUACUCCAAUUCCACGAAAUCUUUGGACGUUUCUUCCAACGUCUUACUGGCAACUUUGCAAAUAUCUUUAGCCAACAACAACCAUCACAAUCACCAAAUAUUCCUCCACAACCAUACCCAGAACUCGUUAAAAUUCAUUCCCUCUUAUUUCAUCAUUCAAAUGAAGCUCAAAAGAAUAUUCUUUCAAUGGAAUUGGGUAUGAAUAAUAAUAAUAUGAUGAUGAGAUAA